UGUCCCAUUGUAAAAUAAUAUAUGUAUGUCCUAUUUGUUUGUUGCCAUGCGCCGACCGUACGAAACGCUGAACUGUUCCGUCGACGUCCCUGUAGAUACUCAAGCAGCACGCCAGAACCACGUGGUCAAUGAUAUUCGACGUAGGACACACCAGGCUGGCUGGCAGGACACUAGCUUUGAGCGAAGUAUACGGCGGUGACGUCUUCACCGAGGACCUCAUAUGAGGUCUAUUUUGGGGCCUCCCGAGGGUUCUUCACGACUCUACGCGGAGCUUGAAGAUCGCCUGAAGAUCUUCGACAAGGGCAACCACUCUAUGUUCAAGGGGCUAGAAGACGGCCACAACAGCCUCGAAACCCCAUGUGUGUCCUUCACCGAGGCUGCAGCGUUACGCUUCACCACGAGACCCGGGCGCCCAGUUGGAGAGCUCCUGCACUCCGAUGUCAUAACCGAGGAUAGCGCCAAGAUAGCGUUCUCCCCGUACCUCCAAGGGGGCGACCACGAGGCUGAAGGCAACGACAUCAUGCAUAAUGGCCUCGACGCUGGUGCCGUCGGGUUCCUGUCGGACAGCGACAGCGAGGAGGGCGAAAGAAAAUGCGACGACGACGACGCCGGGCCGGGUGGGCUCGGCGACCAGGUCGAGAGGAACGCGCAAGAAGGCGACGGCGACGAGCCGGGGCACGAAAAUGGGCACGACCGCGAGGGGCAUCGACAGGGGUCAGCGGUGACGCUGCCGCCCCGAACAGCAGCCAGGGCCGCAACCGGCGGUGGCGUUGGUGGUGUUUUCGUCAGCGGUGAUGUCGCUGGUGAGGGUCUUUUCACGGGAGGCGGCGGAAUUUUGAAACUCGCCGCGUCUCACGUAAACCCACCACAGCUCAAGAAAGGAGCCGAGCAGUACCCGGGGUGGAGGCAGGAUAUGAUCGUGCAGGCAGGCAUUCUCGACAUAGGCGAUGUGUUCUCCGGCGGCGGGGUGCUGCCGGACAUCAACAAGCCACAGACCGCCUUUCUCGAGCAGGGGUUUUCGUAUGCAGCAAUCCGCAAGACGUAUCUGGCGUGGAAUUUCCUCUCUGCCGCGUUGACUACUGAGACGGACAAAGCCAUCCUCCGUCGUUGCACGAACCCAAGGGAAGCCCUGCGGCACUAGAUGCGGCAUACCUGCCGGAGACACAGGGUGCACAGCAGCAG